UCCUGUUGCUCUGAGAGGAGGCAGGCCGGUGUUUUUCCACUGCCGCGGAUGUCUCAUGUCCCCCCGUUUUGAGAGACAAAGGUCAGAAAGAGAGGCUUAUAAACAGGCUAAAAUAUAGGCGUGCAGCUCUCAGUCGCUCUCACGGACACAGGAGGACACGGACACGACAAGACGAAACGUACAAGGGACUGCGCUGAAAGGACAUUAAAAGGGCAACAUAAUAAAUAAUAUUACGUCAACAGAACAGAAUGGCUCAAAAAGAGAAACUUCAGUGCCUGAAGGACUUCCAUAAGGACACUCUGAAACCAUCUCCUGGUAAAAGCCCUGGCACCCGACCUGAAGACGAGGCGGAGGGCAAACACCCCCAGCGUGAGAAGUGGGCCAGCAAGCUGGACUUUGUUCUGUCUGUGGCUGGUGGCUUUGUUGGUUUAGGGAACGUCUGGCGUUUCCCGUACCUCUGCUAUAAGAAUGGUGGAGGUGCAUUUCUCAUCCCCUACUUCAUUUUCCUGUUUGGCGGAGGUCUGCCGGUCUUCUUCCUGGAGGUUUCCCUGGGUCAGUUCACCUCUGAGGGGGGCAUCACCUGCUGGGAGAAGCUCUGCCCCAUCUUUACUGGUAUUGGUUACGCCUCCAUUGUGAUCGUGUCCCUGCUGAAUAUCUACUACAUCGUCAUCCUGGCCUGGGGUCUCUACUACCUGUUCCAGUGUUUUCAGCCGGAGCUGCCCUGGGCCAAGUGCAAUCAGCCCUGGAACACAGAUCACUGCAUCGAGGACAGCUACCGCAAGAACAAAACGUUUUGGCUGGCUGCCAACGCCUCCAACUUCACGUCCCCCGUCACCGAGUUCUGGGAACAUAACGUGCUCGGUAUCAGCAACGGAAUAGAGGACAUUGGUCCUGUUAAAUGGGACCUGGCUCUGUGUUUGUUGCUCGUCUGGGUCAUCUGCUUCUUCUGCAUCUGGAAGGGAGUCAAGUCCACUGGCAAGGUGGUAUACAUCACAGCUACGUUCCCAUUCGUCAUGCUCAUCGUGCUGUUGAUUCGUGGUGUGACACUUCCCGGAGCUUCUGCAGGCAUCAAGUUCUACCUGUACCCAGACCUCGCUCGUCUGCAGGACCCAGACGUUUGGAUUGACGCCGGCACCCAGAUCUUCUUCUCCUAUGCCAUCUGUUUGGGCGCAAUGACGUCCUUGGGGAGCUACAACAAGUACAAAUACAACUGCUACAGGGACUGUUUGCUGCUGGGAGCCCUCAACAGUGGUACCAGUUUUGUGUCUGGCUUCGCAAUAUUUUCCGUCCUGGGCUUCAUGGCACAAGAGCAAGGGGUGGACAUUGCUGAUGUGGCAGAGUCAGGUCCAGGCCUGGCGUUCAUUGCCUACCCCAAGGCUGUAUCCAUGAUGCCUUUUCCUACAGUCUGGGCAGUCCUCUUCUUCGUUAUGCUGCUGCUGCUUGGCCUCGACAGUCAGUUUGUGGAGGUGGAAGGGCAGAUCACAUCACUGGUGGAUCUGUAUCCGUCCUUCCUAAGGAAGGGUUACCGCAGGGAGAUCUUCAUCGCUAUUCUCUGCAGCAUCAGCUACCUGCUUGGACUCACCAUGGUUACCAAGGGUGGCAUGUAUGUUUUCCAGCUGUUUGAUUACUAUGCAGCUAGUGGUGUGUGCCUUCUGUGGGUGGCAUUCUUUGAAUGUAUAGCUGUUGCCUGGGUUUAUGGCGCUGAUAAUUUCUAUGAUGCACUUGAGGACAUGCUUGGGUACAGACCAAAUCCUUGGAUGAAAUGGAGCUGGAGUUUUAUCACUCCUACACUGUGCAUGGGCUGCUUUAUCUUCUCCUUGGUCAAAUACAAGCCAUUGACGUACAACAAGGUCUACGAGUAUCCUGACUGGGCUGUUGGAAUAGGUUGGACUCUUGCCUUGACCUCCAUGAUCUGUAUCCCCAUGGUGGUCGUCAUCAAGAUCCUCCGGUCUGAUGGGCCGCUCAUUGAGAGGAUCAAAGCGGUGGCAGCCCCGGUUCGCGGCGGAGCCAGCUCUCGUCCCGCAGACCACCGUGGCCUCAAGGAGCUCUCCUACCCUCUGGACCCUAACGGGAACAAGGGCCUACUGAUGAAGGCCCCCACCCACACCAUCGUAGAAACCAUGAUGUAAAGGAAUGAGGCGGAGGCUCUCCAUGAGAUCGCUCUCCUUUCCUCUUCUGUCCUCUAAAAUGCUUCUAAAACUAGCUAGUUUUCUGUCUAUCUGUCUAUCUGUCUGUCUGGUGGACUGAUAAGGGUUUUAAGGAAAAAAGAAUCCUGAUUUCAAAUCUUGUAGGAAUACUUUGGAAGUAGUUUGCUCUUGGUGGAUUUUCUUAAGAGGGUAGCAAUCACAUUUCAAAUCUAUUUCUGAAUUACUCACAAUUACUGGUGCUGGUCCUUUUUUUCCUAUUUGUAAUAUCCAUGUGACUACAUGUCCCGCUAUUUUCUUGUUUAUAGACACAGUGGCAAAUUAGCACCAGCCUCUGGUCAUACGCUGGUACAUUUAUGUUUGUUCCACAAGCUACUUUUGCAGAAAACCAGCCAUUGUUCUAAAAAUGGACGGAAGUGGUUAUUGAGUCAUGGAAUCAAACAUCCUUUUGUAGCCACAAAAUUGAUUACAGAUCAUCAAAAUAUUUUUUCUUUUUAGCUGUUCUUGGAAUAUAUAACAACUGUGUUUGUGAUACUAUGAACUGGGUGCGCUUAUCUGAGGGCAUGUGCUAUUGGGUUAUUCUGGUUUAUUCUGUUCCACUGUGUUCAGUAGAGGCCCAGUUGAGAUGAAAUGGCUCGAGUCACUGCAGGUACAGCAUCUUUAAUUAAAUAUAGACGGGUAUAAAGUCACAUGCCUACUUAAAGUAAUCAGCAAUUCUGAAAAACCCCAGAAAUAUGACCAAACUCAGCAACCUGAAUCUCAAAAUGUGGCUGGGACAGGUAAAUUGUCUCAAUCCCACAAACGUUGCAUCCUGUAGAUGGAUGGUUUUUCUUCUGUUUUCUUAAUUCGAGCUGCUACUGCUACACAAUGUUGCCCGAUGCAGCUAAAAAUAAAAUAAAUGUAGAAUUGCCACAGCCAUGAUAGCCAAUGACCCUAAUCAAACCAGGAUCCUGGUUUUUAAAUGCACCUUAGCACAAAUCCCCAUCUUCCAUAGCCAUAAACUAUAGGUCAAAGAGACAACUAGCACUGAGACUGCAUCCGGGAAACCCGCUCCUGCACAAAGAGAGAGGUAUCUGAAAGGAUUUGAAGUGUGGAGGUUGAACCCUUGAGUGUGUUGUCUGUGGCGUACUGUACAGUAGUAGCUAAUCAGUCUAUCUAUAUCUAUCUCUCUAUCUAUCUUUCUCUGUCCUAGACCAGUUUACAGUACAUUUAGUAACUGCACUAGGCACUCUUGGCUUACAAUUUUGGAUUGGAUUUAUUUUACUUUCUACAGAGGAAGUUACAUUGUUAUUAGUUUUUCCUCUGUCAAUGUUUAGAUUUUUUUUAUUAAGACUAUAAUGUUAUUGCUAUUCACUAUUGAUGAUAAUUGCUGUAGUUUUUCAUAGAGGAAGGAACACUUCUUUCAUCGGGUGAACAUACUAAGCUAUUAUACAAAUUGUACAUUUACAGUGGCCGCCAUUGUAGAUAUAAUCCUCAUCAUUUAAGUUCCCUAAGCGUAGGUCCUGCCAACAUUUGUCUUUUAUCAUCAAACAACCAAACAAUGCAACUGAUUUUCCCAAAUAUUUUCUCUUGUGGUGGUGUGGGUCAAACAUUCAGCAAGCAGUUCAAUGUACAGUAAAAAAAAAAUGGGAAUUCUACAAUGGCUCCAUCUGUAAGUUCGUAGGUGUUGGGGGUUUAUAGCUUUUCCUGUAAAUACUAGGGGACAGUAUUUAAAUUGGAUAAAUUCAGCCAGACAGGGCAAUGAAGCCAACGGUGAAACAUGUCACCAACUCAGUGACUCAAAAAAACCUAUUGGUUGGGUGACAAAACAGCCAGCGUCAGUCUGUCGACUCAUCUGAGUGUCAAACUCCUUUCCAGACACUGUGAAAUGUGGCAGCUGGCUGCAGACAAAUCAGAGCCAGUGAAUGACAUAGUUUUGUCCCGUGUUUUUCCACAGUUACUGUGUUGCUUCAUGUCUCUUUUUAAAAUGAGAGCUGAAGAGCUUAAUUUCAAAUGAGGAACUCCAACUGUUCUAAAGAGCGGGUAAACGGUACCUGACUAUUGAAACUUCCCUACAAGUUAGCGGGAAUUGGUUGUGUAUCAUCAUUUAGGGUUAUCAGAAUUAGUUGUGUUGCAUAGUGACAGUAAAUAAGACCUCAUUUGCAGUAAAUAAGACCUUAUUUGCAACAUUCAAGAACUUGAAAUGUUGUGUGAAGUCACACUUUGUAAGCUCUUAAAAAUGCUGCAUGGAAUUCAAAUUAAGCCUAACCAAAAAUGAAGAGAAGUAAAAUUUAACUUUGAAUCGAAUAUAGUAAAUGAAAGCUGUGAAAUUGGGCACUAUAUGAGAAGAUGAACCUGGGAAGUCUGACACCCCCAGAACCUGUACUUUACAUAUGUUAAUGCAUUUAGAGCCUGAACUUUAGACGUCCAGAAUCCUGUCGCUGUGAGCCGUUAACAGCUGAAGGCAGACUAUCUGAGAAGUAUGACAUUUACUGUUGCAUUCACUUUAAGUUGUCUGUGUAACAAGGGGUUUCCCGUGUGUGUGUGUGUGUGUGUGUGUGUGUGUGUGUGUGUGUGUGUGUGUGUGUGUGUGUGUGUGUGUGUGUGUGUGUGUGUGUGUGUCACCAGCGACCAUCCACACAGGAGCAUCUCUAUAGCUGCAUUAACCCAGCAUCCAAAACAUUUGACUUCUGACUGUGGGCGAUAAUGAGCCGGCAUUUAAUGGUAGCAAUCAAAAAAUUGAUGUUUUUGUUCAUCUUGAAAAGGCCAUUGGAUCAGUUCUUUGCCACACAGAAUGGAACAUCAUACAUCUUAACUGGCUGUUAUUUACAAUCGAAGGCAGAAGGAGUGAGUCAAAGUGACUUUUUAUUGCACCUUAUUUGUAUAAUUUGGACUUCAUAUCAAAUGAGUCCAAAAAAAACAAAACACUGCCAUCUUGUUAUUCAGGGUCCCUAAAAAAAGAAUCUCUGGAAACCCUUAAGCUUUUAGCUUUAAGUGCUUCUUUUUCUCCCAAAAAGCAGACUUAUUAAAAUAGAUCAAAAAUGUUAAUAAACUAUUCAUUCACAUCAAAUAUACAGUACACAUGCAUUGCAGGAAUUUGACCAACAACAUCAUAUCAGAAGUGAUCUUGAGACCAUGGCCUCAUUUUGUGUGUCAUCUAAGCUUUGAUUAUUGUUUUUGUCCGUUUUAUUUAAUUUUCUUCAAAUAGAAUAAAGUAGUUCAUAUCAUUUAAAAGGGAUUUGUGAAACCAAAUCCACAGCAGACAUCUAUUUUCAUACAGUAACAAACGUUUCCUAUAUAAGUCUUCUUUGUACAGCUAAGCUCCCAUUGCAGAUCUCCCAUUUUAAUACAGAUACAAGGGUUCAUUUUAUUCUAAAACUUUUGUACAGAUCUGGUUCUCGAUUCCCCUGAAGGAUCUUUGCACUAAGGUUUGGAAAAAAAAGAUCAGAAACCGUUAAGUAAAAAUACAUUAGUUAUAGCAUAUAAGUAUAUAUGGACCGUUAAAUUAAAUCUUACCUUUUUUAAUUUUUCAGCUUUGGAUCAUCUAUGAAAUGUCUACAUUUCUGGAUUAAUAAUUUUCUAAAAUGCACAAAAUUGAAAUAAAUAUUAAAUAUUGUCAAGAUUUUAAGAAAUAGCAUCCAAAAGCGAUGUUUUAAAAAUGUGUUGCAAAGAGUAAAAACACUUUAUUAUGGCUUAAAAGUUACUAAAACCUUUCCCUCGUGCUCAGAUCCUGGUUUCUGGGGAAGCAUGGGCCAGAAAUAAUAACUAAUGCAGUCAUUUAUUGGUUUAUUCUGCCUCUAUUCUGUGUAUAUUUACAGUAUGUCCCUCUCUGCCUUCUUACACUCCCCUUCAGUUAGCGUAUGUAAACCUUAUGUUAACCUAAGCUAACCAUUUUUUAUCAGAAAUAAUGAAUUUGCUAGAGAAUUGAAGCAUUAGCGAUGCACAAGUUUUUACCGCCGAAUGUUGAAAUGUGAAAGUCACCUGAGGGUGAAUGUAAAAGUUUCUGAAGAUCUAUUUUUUAGGGUAAAAAAAAAAGAAUUAGUAUCUUUUUAUUUUUAUUGAAUUCAGCUGUUUCUUGUUUUGAUUUUUGAUUGUGUGUCUGUCACAUUUGCCUUUUGUAUUCCAAAUAUAGUGUAUUUGAACUUCUGUCAUUGGAGUAACAUGUACAACCGUCAAUCAAAGAAACAAUCAAAAAAAAAAAGAAGCUACGAUUUGUUACGUGCAAUACUUUGUAGAUUAUUUUUCUUGCCAUUUUUCCAAGAGAUGGUACUAACCUCUGAAGUCAGACAACAGCCUGUAAAUCCUUGGAGUAAAUUUGAAUCUUCAGGGUCCAGUUAAAUUAAAAAGCUGCCACAACAUGCAGUGUGGAACCAAACCAAACUGAACCACUAUUCCAUCAAAUAUCUUGUGGUUUGAAAUGCACUGAGACAAAAACCUUUUGUCACAUCAAACUCAAUUUAAGUGACAAAAUGCUAUUUUUUAUUUUCGUGACAGACUGCUAAGUUGUGAGUUUGUAAGGGGUAUGAAACACAGUAACACUGCCACUAAGUCCACCAUCUUACUACUUGCCUAUGUUUAUCUCAGUACUGCUGUGUUGCUAAAAAAUCAGGCAGCUUUCCAAAAGCACGCCGCCAGCAAAGUUCACCAUUCCACUGUUGUGCGAUAUCUGCAAAAUCUAGCCAGUACCCUGUAAGGUUUGUAAGUCUAAUUUGCUUGUGAUGGAACAAAUACCUUGGAGUAGUUGUGGGUGCUUCUAGGAGGCCUGCCCCCCCCUUUAGCAACAUAAGCAGUAAAUCAAAUAAAUAUACAAAUGACACCAUAUCAAACGUGGGCUUUUCUUUUAAAAUCUCGUAUGCAAGUUCUUCAUUCUGCUUAUUCAGACAUUUCUAAAUCCAACUCCACUUCGCCAAACCCUGCAACCUUAGUGCUUUAUCAAAGAAAGUGAAAAACCAAACUACAUCUACACAGGAACAGAUGACAUGAUUUAUUUAAAUCCUGUGUGCUCUACAUCAUGUUCAUUACUGGUAUGUAAACACCAUAUCUGCAGGAUUCAUAGUCUGCUCGGCUGUUUCUGUGAUGAUGAUGAUGUGAUCUUCGGGCUGUGCAGAGGUGACACACGAUAUGUUUUAUCAUUGACGUCGCCCCGACUGCGUGACCGCGAAGAAAGACAAAUGGGGUUUAAUUUCCUUAAAGCAAAGAUCAUCUUCGUUCUUUGGUUUCAAGCUUUGAAAAGAUGUCAUCCUUACUCAGAGAACCAUAGUUAUUAUCUAACCUAAUUACAUGUUUGGCAUUUUUAGCUUUGAUUCAAGUUUUGAUUUGUGAGGACAAGAUGCUAACGAUGACACAAAAGGCUGUAAAAUCAUCUUUCCUCCUUUCACUUAAACGCUGGUAAUCUCAGCGCUAAGUCCUCUGGGAAAUGGAGUCCCGCUCACCCUCCCCUUCCCUCUGUCCCCAGACUGAUUCUGAUCAUGGUCUCCAAUGACAAUGCCUCUGUCUUUCCUGCAUUAUACUGUAUGCCAGCCCUUCCUUUUUGAGAAUGUACAUGAUAAAAUGUUUUUUAAUUCUUGGUGAAGAAAAAAACAUUUUUAAAAGAAUUUGAAAGGUUUUAUUUUUUAUUUCUAUGGCCAACCUGUAAGCUAGGUAAAAAAAAGAAAUAAAAAAAAGAAAGAAUUAAUAUGUGUUUGAACAGGUUUUACAAAGGUGUAAAACUUUUUUUAUUUCUUAAUAAAAAAUUUGUCUUCAGAAAAUGA